AUGCGGUGGCUGUGCCACGUGCUCACAGCUCUUAUCCUGCAUGCGUGGGGAACGGCUCAGCAACUUGACGAAGACAGUAACCACAUCAGCGUUACCGAUCUCACUGCGACCUCCAGUCCUCCGCGAACGACGAAGACACCUUCUUCCAUUGCGUUGAGGCCUUUGACACCCCACGGCUCCGUGUUCAACAUGACCAAGCUCGAAUUACAGGACGACGAAGAGAAGACAGUGCCAUCUUCACUGUUUUCGGACUUCAUUCACAAGUUGGGAGGGAUUGUCCGGAACAUCAUGCCUACAAAGACUGGAAGGAUGGUCAAGAGCGUCGUCGCGCAAAUGACAAAGGGAGGGCUCGUCCGUGAUGAAACGAUACUCCACCUAGACGAGUUUGUGCAGCUGCUUGGCCAGAAGUUAAAAACUUCGGACCACCGUUGGGACUAUUAUGAAGUAGUUACGUACCUGACAAACACUGGAAAGGAAGGCGGGAAUAACUUGCCUCGUGUACAGCCGACAGAAUUGAUGAAAGCAUUUCAUUCGCUUCGGGGUAUAUCUGGCAUGGAGAAGCACGCUGACGGCUUGCAGAGAGCUCUGGCUGAUCGGUUUCGGAUAAAGCUUCAGGAGCCAACUUUGUGGCUAGAGUUGGACUUGGCCCCAGAAAUAGUUGUUAAUAACAUCUUGCUUUCUGGAGGAAGCGAAAAGUAUUUGAAGAUUGCCGGUGCGCAAGAUAAGAAAACAGCGACGAAACGGUUAAAUCAUGAACUCGGGUUAGUGCAGCAAUACAUCGCUGAUUAUCAGGGUAAACAUGCUCAUUAUAGUGAUGACAUGGCGAAAUCGCUGAUGAACCAUCUUACUACCCAGGCUAAAGAUCUUGAUCGUUCGUUCAGAGGGAGAAGGAGUGAGAAACAGCUCGUUUAG